UGGGUAGCGUCAUCGGCGAAUAGUGACGUUUCGCCGCGCGACGUUGGCCACGUCGUCGCAUGACGAGAGAUCGACUCGGGGACAAGUGUGUGGCUGUGCGCUUGGCUUCAUUCGUUCGUGUUCGUUCGGUAACAAUGGCGGCAGACCUCGACCAGUUUCAACAGCUUCUGAAUACACUCCUCAGCACAGACAACGAUGUCCGGACGCGGGCGGAGGAGGCAUACGGAAAUCUUCCAGUGGAAAGCAAGGUGACGUUUCUGUUAACUACCGUUUGCAAUGGCACGCUUGCAGAAGAGAUGCGGGCCAUAGCCGCAGUGUUGUUGCGUCGGUUAUUCUCUUCAGAAUUUCUGGACUUUUAUCCUAAGAUUCCACCGGAGGCGCAAAUCCAAUUGAAAGAACAAAUUUUACUAUCAGUCCAAACCGAACAAACCGAAAGUAUCCGACGUAAAGUUUGCGACGUUGCAGCCGAAGUUGCCAGGAAUUUAAUAGACGAAGAUGGUAAUAAUCAGUGGCCGGAGUUUCUUCAGUUCCUAUUUCAAUGCGCGAAUAGUCCGUUGCCGGCAUUAAAAGAGAGCGCGCUUCGUAUGUUUACAUCCGUCCCAGGCGUAUUUGGAAAUCAACAAGCAAAUCAUCUCGAUCUUAUAAAACAAAUGUUACAACAAUCUGUUUUGGACCCGACAAAUUAUGAGGUCAGGUUUCAAGCAGUAAGAGCAAUUGGAGCGUUUAUAACAUUACAUGACAAAGAGGAAAAUAUACACAAGCAUUUCUCAGAACUAGUUCCAGCGCUUGUACAAGUAACCGCCCAAUCUAUAGAAAAGCAAGAUGAUGAUGCUCUUAUAAAAGUGUUGAUAGACCUUGCUGAAACCACGCCAAAAUUCCUCAGGGGACAAUUAGACAAUGUUAUGCAAAUGUGCAUGAAUGUAUUCUCCAAUGAAGAGAUGCCUGACUCUUGGAGGCAAUUGGCACUAGAAGUUUUGGUGACUCUAGCAGAGACUGCACCAGCUAUGGUACGCAAAGUUGGUGAAAAAUACAUUGUAUCUUUAGUACCAUUGGUAUUGAAGAUGAUGACUGAUUUGGAAGAAGAUGAAAAAUGGAGUUUCUCUGAUGAAAUUAUCGAGGAAGAUAACGAUAGCAACACUGUAGUUGCGGAAAGUGCUUUAGAUAGAUUGGCGUGUGGCCUGGGAGGGAAGACUAUGCUACCACAAAUUGUGCAAAAUAUCCCUACAAUGUUAAAUAACAAUGAUUGGAAGUAUAGACAUGCAGCACUUAUGGCUAUCUCAGCUGUUGGUGAAGGGUGCCACAAGCAAAUGGAAGCUCUUUUACCACAAAUAAUGGACGGAGUCAUACAAUAUUUACAAGAUCCGCAUCCUCGUGUAAGAUACGCUGCCUGCAACGCAGUAGGUCAAAUGUCUACAGACUUUUCGCCCAUAUUUGAAAAGAAAUUUCAUGAUAAAGUUAUCCCUGGAUUAUUGAUGGUGUUGGACGAUAACGCAAAUCCCAGAGUUCAAGCUCACGCUGGCGCCGCUCUUGUGAACUUUAGCGAAGAUUGUCCCAAAAAUAUUCUCACUCCAUACCUCGAUGCCAUAAUGGCUAAACUUGAAUCUAUCCUGACUGCUAAAUUCCACGAAUUAGUUGAAAAGGGAACUAAGCUCGUACUGGAACAGGUUGUCACGACAAUUGCUUCUGUUGCGGAUACAUGCGAAGAGCAAUUUGUAACUUAUUACGACAGGCUAAUGCCUUGUUUAAAAUAUAUUAUUCAAAAUGCGACUCAGCAGGAACACAAAAUAUUACGAGGCAAGACUAUCGAAUGUGUCAGUCUUAUAGGCCUAGCUGUUGGCCCAGAAAAGUUUAUUGCCGAUGCUAGCGAUGUUAUGGAUAUGUUACUCAAAACACAUUCAGAAGGUGAUCUUCCUGAUGACGAUCCGCAAACCAGCUAUCUUAUAUCUGCUUGGGCCAGGAUUUGUAAAAUUCUUGGGAAACAAUUUGAACAGUACUUACCAUUAGUAAUGGGACCCGUAUUGCGAACAGCCGCUAUGAAACCUGAAGUUGCAUUACUAGACAAUGAAGACAUGGAAGGCAUUGAGGGUGAUCUUGAUUGGCAGUUUGUUUCACUAGGAGAGCAACAAAACUUUGGAAUCAAAACAGCUGGUUUGGAGGACAAGGCUUCUGCGUGCGAGAUGUUGGUUUGUUACGCGCGGGAAUUAAAGGAAGGCUUUGCGGAUUAUGCGGAAGAAGUGGUGCGAUUAAUGGUGCCGAUGUUGAAGUUUUACUUCCACGACGGUGUCAGAACUGCAGCUGCGGCAAGUUUGCCGUAUCUUCUCGACUGUGCUAAAAUAAAAGGUCCACAGUAUCUAGAAGGCAUGUGGGCAUAUAUUUGCCCAGAUCUUUUGAAAGCUAUCGAUACAGAACCAGAAUCGGAAGUGUUGUUGGAAUUAUUGUCCUCUUUAGCAAAAUGUAUCGAGACAUUGGGCGCAGGUUGCUUAAGUGCACCGCAUAUGACUGAACUUUUACGACUUUUAGAUAAGUUACUUAAAGAACAUUUUGAAAGAGCAGUUGCUAGAUUGGAGAAACGAAAAGAUGAAGAUUAUGAUGAGGUUGUUGAAGAACAACUUGCUGAUGAAGACAAUGAGGACGUAUACACGCUCAGCAAAAUUGCUGACAUUUUGCAUGCCUUAUUUACAACUCACAAGUCUUCAUUCUUCCCAUACUUUGAUCAAAUAUGCGUACAUUUCGUAAAAUUACUGAGUCCCGAAAGAUCGUGGGCGGAUCACCAAUGGGCUUUAUGCGUCUUUGACGACGUUAUAGAAUUCGGAGGACCUGACUGCGCAAAAUAUCAAGAUCUCUUUUUGCGACCCAUGAUUCAAUACGUUUCUGACAAGUCCGCAGAAGUUAGGCAGGCAGCAGCUUAUGGCUGCGGAGUUUUAGGCCAAUUUGGUGGAGAAGGCUUUGCGCAAGCGUGUGCAGAAGCUUUACCAAAACUGAUGGAAGUUAUUAGCGAUCCCGAAUCUAGGUCGCCAGAGAAUGUAAACCCCACUGAAAAUGCUAUUUCAGCAGUGACUAAAAUUCUCAAAUACAAUAACAAAGCAAUCAACGUCGAUGAGAUUCUUCCACACUGGCUAACUUGGCUGCCAGUUGUCGAAGAUGAAGACGAAGCCCCUCACGUAUACGGAUAUCUAUGCGAUUUGAUCGAAGCAAAUCACGCAGUAGUUUUAGGAACGAAUAAUGCGCAUUUGCCGCGACUUAUAAGUUUCUUUGCCGAAGCGUUGUUCAGAGAAGCCGUGCCUACCGACCAUCCCGUUAUGUCUAGAAUCAUUAGUAUCGUUAGAGAAAUACAGAAAAACGACACGAUAUUCCAGGCGAUCAUUAUGCAGUUAACAACAGAUCAACAACAAGCGCUUCAUGAGGCACUCAGUGCACUAAGUUGAAUUUUUAACAUCGUAACAAAUGAAAUUAUUGCUCGUGUUAAAUAAUCUCCCGAAAAAAAAAAAAAUCGUAAUUAAAAUCGCAAAUAUUGUAUAUAGGUAUAUUGUACCUAUAAAACAUUUGCUCCAGCCUAGUUAUAUAUACACACGCAGAUAUAUUUAAGCAUUCUACAUAUUAUUAUCCACAUACUUGUUAAGUAUGUAUUUCUGUAUCAUUAUCAGAUUUGAUUAGUUUUCUAUUAUCAGGGAUUGUUGAAUAAUUGAAGUAAAAUUAGGGUUUGUCACUGUUCGAUUUAUAAUGCUUCUACGAAUGAAGCUAAGUCGACAGAAAUUUUAUCGAUUAUGAAUGAACUCACAUUGGCAGAAUUUAAAACUGUAUAUCCCUAAUUAAUAUUUUAAAUCCAAUAUUUUAUAUGUAUAUAUAUAUACUUGUUGUAUAUAUACCUCUUUUCUUUCUACAUUACAUUGGUGAACAUUUAUUAAAAAAGUUUAUGAAUAAUGACAUCGACUUAAAUCAGACAUUCAAACGAGAACAUUCUCCUGCCAUUGAGAGUCGAACGAUGCUAAAUCAUCUUUUAAAAAAAUGGCUUUGUAAAAAUUGCAUAGUACAUACAUAUAGCUUUGUUAUGCGAGUAUAACGUUAAGGAAUUAUGAUUUUGUCACUGUGAUCUUUCUAAAUUGCGUCAACAUUCUCAAGCUAUCCCACGUUCCGGUAAGGUAACAAAGCUGAUAAUGCAAGAUAGACUGGAAAGCCUCAUUGUAGCCAUGAAGUGAACGCGUGACAUUGUGAUUUAGGUAUUUUUAUUAUUAAAUUUAGAUACAUGUUAUUUAAUGAUGCAAUUUAAUGUUGCAAUGUUGAGCUCUAUAUACGAAUGCCUUUUGAAUGAAACGUAAUGAAGAGUUUUAAAAAUUUUAGAUUCGAGAUCAGUAAGAUGUGACUCCGCGACUAUAACGAAUAAAUUUUUUUCUUAUUUAGAUAGAGAUACAUUAAAAAUUUAUGUUUUCAAGUGCUGCAAAUUUUUCUUGUAAUCUUACAGCUAAUUCGUAUUGAGUUAUGCUUACUACAACAUUAUUCUUAUCGUAAAACCAAAAUGUGUUACUCGAGAAUAAAAAGAAGAAAUAUGAAAGAUAUGCCAAAAAAAAAAGCGAUUUGAUAAUACGGAAUGCAUUACGUUUCCUUCGGCUGAUGUAACACGAUGAGAAUUGAGAUGUUGAAAAGGACUGAGCGAAAUAAUCCAUUUAAACGGCUCCCGCCUCCGUUCUUGUUGCUAUUUAUUUAUAAAAUAUGUACUCCGAUUACUUGCGACUGUCUCGAAAUUUCACCGAUGGAAAAAGUUUUACCUCUAGUACACCAUCGCGGCUACUCUUACCGUAAAUGUUCCAAGUAAAUAACAACCUUUUUUUACUAAGACGUGUAGAGGAGUAAAAGUAAAGAAUAAACAUUUAUUUGUACAUACGUCAAAGUAUAUAAAAAUAUCGCGAACACGUAUAGAGUUGAAGUAUCCGAUUGUUAAGUAUCCAUGAUAUACGGUAGGCACUGCCUCGUUAUUUCACCGAAAGUCAACACGAUCUUGUAAGAUGCACAUAAUUGCAGCAAAUACAUACGGAAGAAUCGAUACUGGACUGUUUAUGACGUUUAUGCGAUACACAUUUGCGACAGAGAAAGAGAAAGAGAGAGAGAGAGUAAAAAUCAAUGUGAAAAGAAAGGAAAAAUUAUAAUUCUUAUAUAGAAAUUAUUUUAAAAUCAUUACUAGCUAAAAUAAAUCUCAGCUUUGUAA